UGACAUUACAUUUAGUUUUCAUCAUUCUGAUUUGAACGGAAAGCAAAUUCUGGCUAAAAAGUGAAUUUUAUGGAAUGGAAAGUGAAAUUUCAGGGGAAUAUUCUUGAAAUACAUAAAAAUGUUCACUCGCACCAGACUGUUUUUCUCCAGGACUCUUCCUUUGCGCAAUGUUUUUAGCUUGGAAUAUCAAAACAAUGGUAGAUUUUUGUACAGCAUUACAGCCGCAAGAAGUCGUUCUACUACCCCGCUUAAUACGAUUGUAAUGUUCGUUCCUCAACAAGAGGCAUGGAUUGUGGAACGAAUGGGAAAAUUUCAUAGGAUUUUAGAGCCUGGACUGAAUCUGCUGUGGCCUAUAGUGGAUAAGAUAAAGUAUGUGCAGAGCUUGAAGGAAAUAGCUAUAGAUGUUCCAAAACAAAGUGCCAUCACCUCUGACAAUGUGACCCUCAGCAUCGAUGGAGUUCUUUAUCUUCGUAUUAUUGACCCUUACUUAGCAUCAUACGGUGUUGAAGAUCCGGAGUUUGCCAUCACACAACUUGCUCAAACAACUAUGCGUUCCGAACUUGGUCAGAUUUCGCUCGACAAAGUGUUCAGGGAGAGAGAAUCUCUGAACGUGGCUAUUGUGGAUGCUAUCAAUAAGGCCAGUGAAGCUUGGGGUAUCACAUGUCUUCGUUAUGAGAUCCGGGAUAUAAAGCUGCCGACGCGAGUACACGAAGCUAUGCAGAUGCAAGUGGAAGCUGAACGGCGGAAAAGAGCUGCCAUCUUGGAGUCCGAGGGAGUCAGAGCUGCAGACAUUAAUGUUGCUGAGGGCAAGCGCCAGGCUAGAAUAUUGGCUUCAGAGGCUGAGAAACAAGAACAGAUAAACAAGGCGUCUGGUGAAGCUCAGGCGAUGCUUGCCGUCGCGGAGGCGCGGGCGCAAGGGCUCAAGCUAAUUGGAGGCGCGCUUGCUCAACGGGAUAGCAAGCAUGCUGCAUCACUGACCCUGGCUGAGCAAUAUGUGUCGGCGUUCAACAAGCUAGCGAGGACGAAUAACACUCUCAUCUUACCCGCGAACGCUGGAGACGUGUCCAACUUAGUUGCACAGGCGAUGUCAAUAUAUUCAACAGUGACAGCACACAAUGCACAAACGAAGACAAAGACACAGCCUGAAAUCACAGAGUACGAGGAGCCUCUAGUCAAAAUUAAUGCAUUAACAGAAAAAGGUUCCACCUUGGCAGGCCCAGCCUUGAGCAACGUCGACGACUCCUUAGCAGAAUACUUCUCAGAUGACGAAGAAAGAGAAAAGGCGUUAAGAGCUCACAAAGAGAAGAAGGACUACCACACGCAACAGUUAAAUAAACUAGAGAAAAUAGAAAAGGAAACAUAGAACUAUUACAUUAGCAACCUUUCUCAAAAUAAGAUUGUCUCUGCAUUUCAAAUGUAGCUACGAAACUUUGUUGUGUAACUUGGUGCAUUGGGGAUGACAAGUUCUGAAUGAAAACUAGACAACUGCAAUAAAAUGCAUUUAUUUUCAUACAUUGUACAAUACAGUCAGUUCCAAGUGUUAUAAAAUGUUAAUGUACAGAUAUGCAAUAUUUUUAAAACAAAUCAUAUCUCAUUAGUUGGUCAUCUUAAGUUAUUUAUUGUGAAAUAACUCUGGAGAAAAUAAAAAUAAACUUAAAAAAUAUAAAAA